AUGUUCAAUAACAAUCGCUAUGCACGCGAAGGAGGUCUCGUGGACGAGAUCCUGCUCGAGAAUUUGCACCGAAACCCUGAAGGAAACCCUCUUAUUUUAGAUACCAUUUUAUUGGAAAAAGUCUCUGACGAGCCCAACAUCCAAUUAUUUCUAAACACGGCCCUUAUCGGUUGCGAGAAAGAUGGCGUCAGAAUUGGCAGCAUCAAAGCCUUCUCUUCGCAGACGUCACUUCAGUUCAAUAUAAAGGCACCACAAUUCAUAGACUGCACCGGAGAUGGCGUGCUUUCAUUCUUGGCCGGAGCUCCAUUUAGGGUCGGCGCGGAGAAGAGAGAUGAAUUCGGCGAACUAUUUGCCCCAUCAUCUGAGUACGGACAUCUUCUCGGCCACUCAAUCUAUUUUUACUCCAAGGAUGUCGGUCGGCCAGUCAAGUUUGUGGCCCCUUCAUACGCUUUGAAGGACGUUGAAUCAGAAAUUCCAAGAUUCAAGAGCUUUAGUACAAAAGAGAUGGGCUGUAAUCUUUGGUGGAUCGAAUACGGUGGCCGCCUAGAUACAGUACACGAUACCGAGAAGAUCAAAUGGGAACUAUGGAGUGUGGUGUAUGGUGUCUGGGACUACUUCAAAAACUCAGGACGAUUCCCCGAGGCCGAGAAUUUGACACUUGAAUGGGUCGGCACAAUCCCGGGAAAGAGAGAAAGCAGACGUUUCAUCGGCCCUACCAUUCUCAAACAACAGGAUAUUGUCGAACAACGUUUCCAUUCUGAUGCUGUAUCGUAUGGAGGAUGGUCUAUUGAUCUUCAUCCAGCUGAUGGCGUCUUUUCCGAAGUUGACGGCUGCACCCAGUGGCAUUCGAAAGGCGUCUACCAGAUCCCUUUCUCCACUUUCAUUUGCUCCGAGAUUCCGAACUUGAUGUACGGAGGAAGGAUCAUAUCCGCAACACAUGUCGGCUUUGGUUCUUCCCGAGUUAUGGCGACAUGCGGCGCCAACUCCAAUGCUCUAGGUGUUGCGGCUUCCCUGUGUAAGCAGAUGGCUAUCGACCCGGUUGAGUUGUUGACAAAAGAGAAUAUGAAGAAGUUUCAACUUGAUCUGAUGCGCUUUGGGCAGUAUAUUCCUGGUUACAAAUUGAAAGAUCCCCAGGAUCUAGUCUUGCAGGCGAAGUCCGUCAAAAGCUCGGCAGAUUUCGAGCUCUCUCAGCUGCUUCCAAACGGUCCACCAAAGGUUCUCACUAGGAGUCUUGCUCAAAUGCUGCCAUUGGCUGCAGGACCUGUACCAAAAGCAUCCAUCACAGUUCAGGCUGUGGAAGAAACGGUGCUGACCGUCGAGUUGCGUGGAUCCAUCAAGCCUUACAAUUAUACUCCCGAGGUAGUGCUUGCACGAUCACAGUUUAACCUCAAGCCCGGCUCAAACGACCUGGUGAUUGAUUUUGGCGUCUCUAACCCACAAACCCAAUACGCCUUCCUUUGCUUCAUGCAAAACGAGUCAGUGGCAGUUUGCACGACCCUUACGCGUGUGUCGGCGCUCGAGACUGUGGAGCAUGAGUGCACGCAAAGUCCUCCGGACGGAAUUGGUGUCGACACUUUCGAGCGCUGGACUCCUGUGAGGCGGCCUAUGGGGCAUAACCUAGCCCUGACUCUCGACCCGCCAUUGAAAGCCUGGUCCGCCGGCAACAUUCGCAAUGGAGUGGCGCGACCCACCAAGAGGACGAAUUGUUGGGUCCCCGGUGAAAACGGAAGACGAAUGCUCACAUUGGAGUGGGAUUCACCUGUGAAGUUGACAAAAGUGGUUGUUCAUUUUGAUACCGAUUUCGACCAUGCUUUAGAAUCUGUUCUACGAGGUCAUCCGGAACGAGACAUUCCUUUCUGUGUCAAGAAGUGGAGGAUUGCUGAUUUGUCCCAGCAGGGCGAAGAACAGGAGCUAUUUGUUGAAGAUGGCAAUCAUUUGUCAAGGAGAGAGGCUGAGAUAGAGCCCGUUAACCCUGUGACCAAGAUUGGAGUUGAGAUCCUCGAGAUCAACGGCGAUCAGAAUGUUUUUGGAGGCAUAUUUGAAGUCCGUGCUUAUGAGUAG